UGCUUCCACUCCACCGCAUCCCGCAUCCGCAGCGAGGAGGGCGAGAUGAGCCGCCGCCGCCGCCGCCGCCGCCGCCACCCCCUCUCGCCGGCGGCGGCGCCCCUUGAUGAUGACGACCUGCUCUCCGAGAUCCUCCUCCGCCUCCCCCCGCAGCCGUCCUCCCUCCCCCGCGCCUCUCUCGUCUGCAGGCGCUGGCGCCUCCUCGUCUCCGACCCUCGCUUCGCCCGCCGCUUCCGCAUCCACCACCGCCGCAACCCUCCUCUCCUCGGUUUCUUUGAUGAAGGCUUUCGCGACAUCUCCUUCGUACCUACUCUGGAGCCCCACAAUCGUGUCCCGCCCGGGCGCUUCUCUUUGAAGUUCGACGGCGGCGGCCGCUUCGUGCCUCUCGGAUGCCGCCAUGGCCUGGUACUCGUUUACCACGCAUUUUGGAAACAGAUCCUGGUGUGGGAUCCUGUCACCACCGACCAGCACCGCAUUGCAGUUCCCCCAGGGUUUGCGAGCGAUAAGGGUUUCAUCUUGAUUACUGCGGCGGUGCUUCGGGCUUCCGUAGACGUCCACUUCCAGGUAGCCUUAGCAGUGGUAGACAGAGAACACAGGCGAGCUCUCGCCUGUGUUUACUCGUCAGAGACUGGAGAAUGGAGUGAUAUCAUCUGGACACCUCUUCCAUCCGAGGCUUCUGCGGGCAAUCUGUUCUUUACAGAGAGGCCCGCUGUGCUGGUUGGGCAUUCUCUUUACUGGCUGCUUGUUGGGAAUAUGAUUGGAUUUCUGGAGUUUGAUUUGAAGAGGCAGAGCCUAACUAUGAUACGGAUACCGGUGGAUUUGUUUACCAAGGGCACUUUUGAUAUCUGUGCGAUGCGGGCAGAGGAUGGUGGUCUUGGUUUCCUCUUUCUGCUGCACACAGACCACAGUAUCCAAUUAUGGAAGAGGCGGACUGAAUGUCAUGGUGCUGCUUCAUGGGUGCUAGGAAGAACUAUUGAACUGGACAAGCUAAUUCCCUUGAAUUUAGUGGACAAAUGGCCUUUUAUGAUACUGGGGUUUGCUGAGGACAAUAAUGUGGUGUUUCUGUGGACAAGUGGCGUCUUCUUUAUGAUCCAUCUUGGGUCAUUGCAGUUCAAGCAACUUUCUGAAGCCGAGGACAAUAAUGUGGUGUUUCUGUGGACAAGUGGCGUCUUCUUUAUGAUCCAUCUUGGGUCAUUGCAGUUCAAGCAACUUUCUGAAGCCGAGUUCAUUUUUUAUUGUCACCCAUUCGAAAGCGUCUACACUGCAGAAACAGACAUUGGUGGACACGAUGGGGCUGGUCUUUUGCAGAAUACAUAAGAUGAUUAUCAGGUUAGAUAUGCUGUCAUGUUGUACUGAUUGAGCAGGUAAGAAUUGCAUGCAGAAAUGGGUUGUGUGCUGUAGGUUCUUCCAUUUUGUAUGAUGUGCUCUGCUCAGAAAUUGGCCCUCUUUACUGGUCAGUUGUGAAGUAUGUGACUUGUAGAAACGAAUCGCUUCAACUGCUAACCAGAGGUACUAGUAUUAUCUAAGUUAUGUAUUAGGACCCAGUGACUUGCUCGGGUUAAUGAAUGAUCAGUGUUGGCCCUGUCGGUUUA